CCUUUUCCAGGAUACGAUAAAUCUUAAUGUACACAUGGUGCGACGACUAAAUGCGAACGUAUGAAAGUGAAGCAUUUACAUACACGCAGUCGAUAUAAAUCGCCAGUAGCUCAACGGCCUUCGUGUUGUUCGGAGUAAUACGAGAACGCAGCGAUAUUUUACUAUUAUAUGUGAUUUUGGGGCACGAGGUACUAUUUACCAAGUGAUUGAGAAAUUUAUCCGAACGAUUGGAAAAAAUGUCUGCGUCUCAGCCUGUACAGUAUAGACUCAUGAAUGAAUACACGAAAGAUAAUAAGAAUAUGCUUCAAGCAGUCAAAUACGCAAUACCUAGUGAGACUGGACUCGAUGGACCAGAUCAGGUAUUGCCUGCAGAUGUGGAUACAACGUGCGAAGCGAACGGUAAAGUUCGAAUCAAGUUGGACAGCAACAAACACGAUUCGUUUGUGCCUGUAUCGAUACCUAGCGUUUUAAUGAAAACAGCGCAAUAUUAUCCGGAUCAUAUUGCGCUGGUAUCUUGUCCAGGACCCGAUGGGAAAAGAACUAUGUACACCUAUCGGGAAUACGAACAGGCUGUGAGAACUGUUGCUAAGGCGUUCUUGAAAUUAGGCUUAAAACGAUACCACAGCGUCUGUAUAUUGGGAUUUAAUUGUCCACAAUGGUUUAUUGCUGAUCUCGCGACUAUAUAUGCUGGUGGAUUUGCUACAGGAAUUUAUACUACAAAUUCUCCGGAGAUAUGCCAAUAUUGUGCAGAAAAUAGUCGAGCAAAUAUCAUAGUCGUCGAAGAUGAGAAACAGUUGGCAAAAAUCUUGAAAGUAAAAAGCAGUUUGCCGAAUUUGAAGGCGAUUAUUCAAUACGAAGGCAUACCUACGGAGAAAGAUGUUUUAAGCUGGGACGAUCUAUUGGAGAUAGGGAAGAAGGAAUCAGACGAUAAAUUAUUAUCCACUUUGAAGUUGAUCGGUAUAAACGAAUGUUGCACUCUAGUGUACACGUCAGGAACAUGUGGGUAUCCAAAAGCGGUGAUGUUAAGCCAUGACAAUAUUUUGCAUUGUGUAAAAGCUCAGGUAUGUGACCUUAUGUUAGGUAUCUAUAUAGCGAGCACAAUAUACUUCGCAGAUAAAAAUGCGUUGAAAGGUUCAUUGCUGGAGACAUUGGCCGUAGCGCAACCGACCCUCUUCUUAGGAGUGCCCCGAGUGUGGGAGAAGUUUCAUGAAAAAAUGAUGGAGAAGGCACGCAGUAACGGCGCUAUAAAAACCUGGAUCGCUAAAUGGGCGAAAGCUCAAGGGCUUUAUUAUCACACGAAUAAGAUGAACAACGUGGAUGAUAAGCACUGGGGCUAUAUCUUCGCGAAGUGGCUUGUGUUCGACAAAAUAAAGGCGGCAUUGGGUCUGAAUAGAUGCCGCAUCUUCGCUAGCGCGGCAGCACCCAUUAAUAUAGACAUCAAAAAAUUCUUCUUGAGUUUGGAUAUGCCGUUGAUAGAAGCAUACGGAAUGUCUGAGAGUGGUGGGCCCCACACAUUAAUCGAUCUUAAGAAUUUCACCCUGCAGGGUGUUGGAAUAGCUUUACCUGAAAUGUACACAAAAUUGGACAAUAUAAACGAGCAUAGCGAAGGAGAGAUCUGCAUGGCUGGGCGACACAUAUUUAUGGGUUAUUUAAAUGCACCGGACAAAACUGCGGAAACCAAAGACAAAGACGGAUGGUUGCAUAGCGGUGAUUUUGGUAAAUUAGAUUCGAAGGGAAAUUUGUUUAUCACCGGUAGAAUAAAAGAGCUUAUUAUCACAAGUGGAGGGGAAAACAUAGCAUCAACUAACAUAGAACAAGCAAUAUUAACCGAAUUGCCGGCAUUAAGUAAUGCUUUAUUAAUCGGAGAUCAAAGGAAAUACUUAACAGUGCUCGUUACACUUAAGAGUGAUAUGAAUAAUGAUACUGGGGAGCCUUUAGAUACACUAAAUCCAGAUGUGUUGAAAUGGGCGAAAUCCAUUGGUAGUAAAGCCAAGACAGUGACGGAUGUUAUAAAUUCUCGUGAUUCACUGAUAUACGAGGAGAUUGACAAGGCAAUCAAGAGAGCUAAUAUGCAUGCUAUAAGUAAUGCUCAAAAAGUACAAAAAUUCGAAAUUCUUCCUCAUGACUUUUCAAUAUCAACUGGAGAAUUAGGACCUACAUUAAAGCUUAAGAAAUAUGUUAUUAUAAAAAUGUACAAGGAUUUAAUAGAGAAAAUGUACCAAUGAAACGAAUUGAUAAAGUACAUAUCAACAUAAUGAUUAGACAGCUAUACAUAUAGAUUAAAAAAAUAUAAAAUUCUA